AUGACCGUUACUCCAGAGGAAGACCUCCCGCCACAGCCGCUCCACUACCUUCGUGAGCCACAGGCUGCAAAUCUGUUUGAGCCAUUCUAUAGAUCCUACAGUCCGGAGGUCCCUAUAGCCAUUGACUUUGGCGCAUCCAACGUCAGAGCCGGUUUGGUGAACUCACCAGAUCCAAAUAACGUUUUUCCUACUUUGGUGACCAAAUACAAAGACAAAAGACUGGGUCUCAAUUUGACCCUCGUGGGUAAUGACAUCUUUCGUGAGGUGAACAACCAUAGUGGUAUCAGAACGAACGCCAAGUCACCCUACGACGGGGCUCACAUUACCAACUGGGAUAUAGUCGAAAACAUCAUCGACUACUCGUUGGAACAUUUGGGUGUUCAAUCCCUGACUGGUACUUUGCAGAAUCCAGUUGUAUUAUCAGAACCAGUUGCAUGUCCUUUGAGCCAGAGAAAGAGCAUGUACGAGCUUAUCUUCGAGACUUACCAUGCUCCAAAAGUAGCUCUUGGAAUAGAUUCGCUAUUCUCAUACCAUGCUAACUCGCUGAACCCUAAUGGUCUCGUCAUUAGUGUGGGAAGCGAACUGACACAUGUGAUCCCAAUGCUACAGGGCAAAGGCGUCCUACUGCAAUGUAAGAGGAUAGACUGGGGUGGCAACUUGGCACUGCUGUUUCUUCAGAGGCUUCUUGCGUUGAAGUAUCCAUACUUCCCUACUCGUCUUUCUAACCACCACACAAACCAUAUUCUCUUUGAUCAUGCUUAUGUGCUGAAAGAUUAUCCUAAAGAGUUGUCCAACUACCUUGACAUGGACGUUUUGGAACAGAAGGACGUCGUGAUACAGGUGCCUGUUGAGGUUGCUGUUGACAAGUCAAAGAAGUCAGAGGAGGAAUUGGCUAAACAGGCUGAGAGAAGAAGAGAACAGGGAAGGAGACUUCAAGAACAAGCCAGAAAGAAGCGCUUGGAAAAACUUAUACAAAAGGAGCAGGAGUUCGAAUAUUACAGUCAGCUCAAGGAGACACUUAGUCUGUUGAGUAAAACUGAAGCUGACAGGAGAUCUCAGAGCGAGGAUUUCAAAGACUUCAAUGACUUCAACAAAUAUGUUGACAACUUGGAGAAAUCCUUGAGGAAGGCUAGAUCACAAGAUGUGGACGAUGGAACUGAAGAUGACGUGCCAAAUCCAGAGGAAGCCUGGCCUUUGGUCCUGAUUCCUGAUGAGAAUCUCUCCGAGGAACAGAUUAAGGAUAAAAGGCGCCAGAAGCUCUUGAAGGCUAACUACGACGCAAGAAUGCGUGCAAAAGAAGAAAAGAAGAGGGAGGAAGAGGAGAAAGCACAGUUUGAAAGAGAGCAACAAGAAUGGAGAGAGAGGGACUUGGACGGUUGGUGCACAUCUAAGAGACUCGAAUUGGCCCAACUCAUUGCAGGCUACAAGAAGAGAAUUAAGCUUCAAGAAGCCAUGAAAGACAGAAAAUCCAUGGCGGCUCAACAGAGAAUGAAGAACAUUGCCGACUUGGCGAACGACAGUGCUGCUAAUGGAAGAAAAAGGCGGAAGAAUGUUGCGUCUGCUACAAUUGAUAAUGACCCUAAUGAUACUUUUGGAGCUAAUGAUGAUGAUUGGAACGCAUACAGAGAUAUUAGCAAUGCCAACCUAGAGGAGGAGCAAGAAGAAGCCACCACUGCCAUCUCUGCUUUGGAGGAGGAGUUGAUGAAACAUGACCCUAACUUCCACUACGAGGAUACUCUUGCCGCAUCAGAGACUUUUGACUGGAGAAACUCUGUGCUCCACAAGUUCAUCCAUGGACCACGCCAGUCACUUACAUUGGCAAUGCAAGCAGAGGGACACGAUCCUCAAGAACUCGCAAACCACCCUGAUAUUAUACGGCGCAACCAUCAGCUCCAUAUCAAUGUGGAGCGUAUCAGAGUGCCAGAGAUCUACUUCCAACCUCACAUUGCCGGUCUUGAUCUGGCAGGUAUUCCCGAGGUCGUCCAAAACUUGCUCUACAGAAACUUUGACGGGAAUUUUGGUGUUGGCGGUCAGCUGAGAUCGCUUGUCGAGAACGUCUUUGUUACUGGCGGUGGCUCAUUGGUUCCAAAUUUCACUGACAGGCUCAGGGCCGAAAUCCAGAGCUUCCUUCCUGUUGGUACCCCAUUCAAUGUUACUCAUGCCAGAGAUCCAAUUGGUGAUUCCUGGAGAGGUAUGCAAAAAUGGGCAGCAUCGCCUGAAUCACAGAACAGCUAUGUCAGCCGACAAGAGUACGAGGAGUACGGUGCCGAAUACAUCAAGGAACACGGCCUUGGUAACAUCAGUCUCCGAAACUUCUAA